CUGCAUAGGAGAUACAAGACAGGCACAGUGGAUCUGCUUCUGCAUAGAGGUUGGUGAGCGUUUGCCUGGUGUGACCAUUCAGUUUAUGAAUUAGCUAUGACACAGCUCUGCCAAAGUUGACUAUGCUGCACGCUCGUUGCUAAUCGUGUUUAUUCGUGCAGACAUCUAUGCACCCCCCACGGCUUUGCCCUGACGCUUAUUCUGUUGCUCACUACAGGUGGAAAUUAGACUGAAAAUCAAAUGGGGCAAGGUUCCUGCUUUGAAUUUAAGUAACUCAGAAAAAGGAUUGUACUGUCAAACAGCUGGGUGCCCAAAGGCUUAUUCACACAAGAGGAACUGGGAAUACGCUGUCCUAUCUAAAAUUGAUUUUGAUAAAUAGAUAAAAAAUAAUAAAUAACAAAAAAUAUUACAAAAAAUGAAAAUGUGUACUUUGCAAAAAAAAAAGCACAGAGGUCAAUGAAUAACAGCUGCUAAUAUGUGGUGAUGGGCUGGAAGAAAACAGGUUAGAAUAAGAAAAGACAAGUUUGGGCAUUCAUCUGACAAAUAGACUUCACUGUGCAUCGGAGGAAUUGGUUCGUGAAAUUAAUUUACUUUUUUUUCCCCAUCUAUAUCCACUCUCUUCUCAAUUUUUUUUCAAAUGGCCUCAAUACCAUUUAAACCAUAACAUGGUGGUUGACCGGUUUUUGAAAUAGGAGAGCUAUGCCUGUUUUCAUCAAUUUCAGUAUUGGAAAUAAGCGUUUAAAGAGAAUAAAAUUGCACCUUCAUGGGUUUUAAUGUCUUUUUAAAGACAGAGAAAACAAAGGCCGACAUAACAAAACAAUAUAUAAUGCAAACGUGAAAGUCCACUUUCACAUCCACCUUAAUCAGUGAAAUAUUUUUGGGGCUAUUAGUUGAAUCCAAAUUGCACUUGAAACACAGUUUUCCUUUGUUGUGUUAGAUAAAGGAUACAUACAUUGAAAAGAGUAAUGAAAAAAUUGUUACUUUUUUUUUUUUUUUUAAUAAGUAGAAUUAUCUUUAUCAAAUUGUAGUUGCUUAAAACAAUGGAUAGACGGCAGUUCUUAACAUAUACGUUUCUUGUUGGUUUGAAUACAGUAUAUUACUGGAUUAAUCAGAUUCCUGGUCAAAAGGUUUGAGUGCAAGACUUGUUUUCUUUGAGCAGUAAAACCAAAACAGCAUAAGAAAUGUAUAUGCUGUAGGGAUUUUUCUAUUUUUUUUCUUAUACAACUGGAUAUGUGCAAAGGUGGGUAAAGAGAAAAGUCUGGAUAUAAUUUUGCACAGUACAUGUGCCUUCGCCCUGUGCUUUUUUAUGCAAAUAUGUUCUGUAUUGGCAGCAGAAAUAUCACAGAGAGUGACAUUAGGUCAGAAGAGGACAAACUUUAAAGUGGUUGGAAAAAACAAAAUUAAGUAUGAAAGAAAUCAGAAUUCUCAAAGCCUUAACAUACUUGAAAUAUAAAACCUUUACAAUCCUCAAAUUUCUGGAAACAUGCUGAUAUUGCCCUCAAUCAGUCCUAUUCCUAACCUGAAACUGGAAAUUCAGUCUGCAUGAAGAUUUGCAUAGUAACGUAUCAGGCAGGUACAUCGAUUUUAAUCAACCUUGGAAAUAAUAAAACUAAAAAUAGCAGGAACUAUGGCAAUGAUUCUUCAAAGGAACCCACUAACCACACAACCUUCAUGACGAGAAUCCUGAGUGCUGGUCAGUUUUUUACGCCAAAUUGCUACCAUGUUUUUGUAUGUGGAUAUCUGUUACUAUGCAUUAAGAGGAAGUGCAUUGGCACCAGCCUUUUAAACCACUUAAGGUCGGUUUCAAUAAGUUGAGGACCUUUGACUUAAAUGAACCUAACUUGGUUGAUUUACUUAUUUAUUAUAUUUUUUAUACUUGGGAACUGAUUUGACUUUCAUUAAGCAUGUACGCAUCUGUGGAGCAUGGACCUGUUCUUUGCAGUGAUUCCAACAUCUUAUGCCUUUCCUGGAAAGGCAGAGUUCCAAAAAGUGAGAAGGAAAAACCUGUUUGCCGGAGACGUUACUAUGAGGAAGGGUGGUUGGCUACAGGGAAUGGUAGAGGAGUUGUAGGAGUGACUUUUACUUUGAGCCAUUGCCGUAGAGAUAGAAACACCCCACAGAGGAUCAACUUCAACCUGAGGGGUCACAACAGUGAGGUGGUGUUAGUGAGAUGGAACGAACCUUUCCAAAAACUGGCAACUUGUGACGCAGACGGAGGAAUAUUUGUGUGGAUUCAAUAUGAAGGCAGAUGGUCUGUGGAACUGGUCAAUGAUCGUGGAGCACAGGUGAGCGAUUUUACAUGGAGUCACGAUGGAACCCAAGCCCUGAUUUCGUAUAGAGAUGGUUUUGUGCUGGUGGGUUCGGUGAGCGGCCAACGACACUGGUCAUCAGAGAUAAACCUGGAGAGUCAAAUCACUUGUGGGAUUUGGACACCAGAUGAUCAACAGGUGCUGUUCGGUACGGCUGAUGGACAAGUUAUAGUCAUGGAUUGUCAUGGCAGGAUGUUAGCGCAUGUUCUUCUUCACGAAUGUGACGGCAUUCUGAGCAUGUCCUGGAACUACCCUAGUUUCUUGGUGGAAGACAGCAGCGAGAGUGACACAGACUCUGAUGAUUAUUCUCCACCACAAGAUGGCCCAGCUUCAUAUCCUAUUCCAAUGGAGAACAUCAAACCAUUGCUAACAGUAGGAUUUUCUUCUGGGGACAUUAGUUUAAUGAACAACUACGAUGAUCUGUCACCAACUAUCAUUCGCUCAGGGUUGAAAGAUGUAGUGGUCCAGUGGUGCACACAAGGAGACUUACUAGCUGUUGCAGGCAUGGAAAAACCGAACCUGUUGGCUGAGCUUGCCAAUGGUCCGGCUGUGAAAAGUGCUCUAAUCAAGUUCUACAAUGUCCGAGGAGAACAUAUUUACACUCUGGAGACUCCACUACAGCGUCCAAUCACAUCCAUUUGUUGGGGUCACAGAGACUCCCGCCUGUUCUUGGCUUCGGGUCCAGCCUUGUAUGUUGUGCGUGUGGAGCACAGAGUUGCUAGUUUACAGCUUCUAUGCCAACAAGCAAUUGCCAGCUCGUUACGGGAUGACAAGGACAUCAGCAAACUAAACCUGCCUCCUCGACUAUGUUCAUACCUCACCACUGCCUUCAUACCUACAAUUAAGCCUCCCAUUCCUGAUCCCAACAACAUGAGGGAUUUCGUUAGUUACCCAACAUCAGGUAAUGAAAGAUUGCACUGCACUAUGAAGAGAACUGAAGACGAUCCAGAGGUUGGAGGUCCAUGCUAUACUCUUUACUUAGAAUAUUUGGGUGGACUGGUGCCUGUAUUAAAAGGACGGCGGAUCAGCAAGCUUCGACCUGAAUUUGUUAUUAUGGAUCCCAAAACAGAUGGAAAAACAGAUGAAAUCUAUGGAAAUGGAUUAAUUUCCUCUGUGAUCGACAGCUGCAAUUGCUCAGAUUCCAGCGAUAUUGAACUUAGUGAUGACUGGGCAGCCAAGAAGUCUCCAAAGAUUACAAGAGCUAGCAAAUCUCCAAAACUUCCCAGAAUUAACAUUGAAGCAAGAAAAUCACCCAAGUUGUCUCGAGCUGCUCAAGAGAUUACAAGAUCCCCCCGAUUACCUAUUAGGAAGCCUUCAAUUGGUUCUCCUAGCUUAACUCGAAGAGAGUUUCCCUUAGAAGACAUCACUCAGCAUAACUACCUUGCUCAAGUCACAUCCAAUAUAUGGGGAACUAAAUUUAAGAUUGUAGGUUUGGCAACCUUCCUGCCAGCUAAUCUUGGAGCUGUUAUUUAUAAAACAAGUUUGCUGCAUCUGCAGCCGAGACAAAUGACCAUCUAUCUUCCAGAAGUGCGAAAAAUAUCAAUGGACUAUAUUAAUUUACCAGUAUUUAACACAAAUGUUUUCAGUGAAGAUGAGGAUGAUUUACCAGUUACUGGAACAUCUGGGACAGCUGAGAACAAUCCCCCUUGCACUGUGAAUAUCCCGAUUGCUCCCAUUCAUAGCUCUGCCCAAGCAAUGUCUCCUACACAAAGUAUAGGCUUAGUUCAAUCUUUGCUAGCCAAUCAGAAUGUACAGCUGGAUGUCUUAGCUAAUCAAAUGGUAGCUGCAGCACCAGCAGAUCAUCCUGGAGAAAGUGUUGUUCAGUACCAAGCCCCAAACCGUUAUUCCAACCCAGGGCAAGUCAUAUUUGGUGGAGUUGAAAUGGGAAGGCUCCUGCAGCUUCCGCAACCCCCUCUGCAAAUACCACAUCCACCUCAAGGUGCCGUACAGUUGUCAAUAGUUGAUCGUAGCGAGAGGGACUAUGAACAUUCUCAGAAGCCAAAACCUUUACGUCCAGUCCCUCAGUUUGCAGAAGGAGAUGCUGUUGUCUUCACAACUGUUCAAGAAAUGCAGAUAAAUAAACUCAAUCCUCCUCCUCCAUAUCCAGGAACCAUACCAGCCCCUCCAACCUCAGCAGCACCUCCGCCUCCUAUCCCACAGCCUCCUAUGGAUCUCUGUCUAAAAAAGGGAGACUUUUCACUGUUUUCAAAUGGGCACUAUCAGACUCCUCUGGGAUACGAGCGGAUAACAACAUUUGACAGCAGUGGCAAUGUAGAAGAAGUGUGUAGGCCAAGAACUCGUGUACGUCGCAGCCAAAACACUUAUACUCUUCCAGGCCCAGGUAGCUCUGCCACCUUAAGAGUUUCUGCCACUGAAAAGAAAAUUAAACAACCUUGCACCAGUGCAACACUGAACAGGCUGACGGUUCCUCGUUAUUCCAUCCCACCUGGUGAUCCACCACCGUACCCUGAGAUAGCUGCUCAGCUUGCUCAAGGGAGGAGUUUGACACAGAGAAUAGAUAGCAGCCUUAUCCAUGCUACACUGAGACGAAAUAGCCGUGAAGCUACCCUAAAAAUGGCUCAGAUGGCAGACAACCAGAGAGCUACACUUCAACAUCCACCCAAAUUAAAGAGCAAUGUAGGCACUGCUCAAUAUCCACAAAGGACACCCCCUGUAUUGUACACUUGCAGUCAAUGCAGUAGUAGCACUGGUGUAAUGAGCAGCACUAUAAGUAAUAACAGCGGCAAUAUGAGCACUAAUACAGUUGGUGCUGGAAAUCUUCGACCUGAUUUAUCCACAAUGAAUGGUCCACAACAAAGUACUGUAAUUGUACACUCUACCAGUGCAACUCCUUUAGCAUCUCAGUCCUCAUAUAACUUACUGAGUCCAGCUGAAAGCAAUAGAGACAGAACAGAUUAUAUCAACUCUGCUUUUACAGAGGAUGAAUCUGUUUCCCAGCAUUGCCAAGUGGAAAAGCCAAUGAGGCAUAUGCACCUAGCUGAAGCAGGACUAACUAUAAAACGUCCCCCACCAUACCAUUGGGACCCUAUUGUACGUGAAGAUGUAUGGGUCCCUCAAGAAAGAACUACUCAUAACACAUUGCCUCUUCCCCAAAGACCCCCUCCUCUGAUUAUUGGUCAAACUCAGCAUUUAAAUAUAUCACGUGUGCCAUUUAUUUCCCAAAAACCUCCAACCAGCCCUGUUGGAACAUUCCAACCAAGUUAUGGUGUUAGUAUUCCCUAUCCAGGGGCAUAUAAUGUCCCUCCACCUCUCCAACAAGUCCAGCAUCCUUGCUCCCCAAAGGAAGCUUUAGCCCCAACACAGUUUGUACAGCAGGAGCCAACCAUAGUAAUACAACCAGCAUAUCCACCCAACUUGCCUUGUUGCCCUUUACCACCAAUGUAUCCUGGGAAUAGCAACUGUAAUGGUCUACAGCUUCCUGCAAUAGCAUUACAUCCAUGGAACUCUUAUAAUGCGUGUCCACCUUUGCAAAAUCCCCAGGUCACUUUACCACCCAAAACUCAUUUGGUGCCAGAGAAAACUGUGCUUUCCCCCCCUCAGCCGGAACCCCAAAGUAAUGUGGGUACAGAGGUUAUGGUUGAAACUGCUGAUAACUUCCAAGAAGUUCUGUCAUUAACAGAGAGCCCUGUACCCCAGAGAAAUGAUAAAUUUGCAAAGAAGAACCGCAAACGAUUAGAUAGCAGAGCUGAGGAAGGGAAUGUUCAGGCCAUCACAGAGGGCAAGGUAAAAAAGGAGACUAGAACUUUGGGUGAUUUUAAUUCCCUUAUUGCUAGCCCUAGAUUGGGAAGAGAAAAAAAGAAGGUCAAGAAUCAAAAAGACCAGCUAAAGUCCAAAAAGCUGAACAAAACAAAUGAAUUUCAGGAUAGCUCAGAGAGUGAGCCUGAGCUCUUCAUCAGUGGAGAUGAGUUGAUGAAUCAGAGCCAGAGCAAUAAGAAGGGAUGGAAAACAAAAAGAAAUCUUAGGACAGCAAGUGAUUUAGAUGAAUUCAAAUGUCGGAAAGCUAAUGAGAAAGAUGACGGAAGAUUGGGAAGCCAAGGUUUUGUCUAUGUUAUGGCCAACAAACAGCCUCUUUGGAAUGAGGCAACGCAAGUCUAUCAGUUGGACUUUGGAGGUCGUGUGACUCAGGAAUCUGCAAAGAAUUUUCAGAUUGAGCUUGAAGGAAGACAGGUAUGACAUGCUUUAAUUUUUAGCUAUCUUGCCUUUAUGAAUAUGUUUAGAAAAAAUAGAGUAUAGUAUUAGUCUUGGGAAACACAGGGUAGUUAAAAGAGGCAGUACAUUGACAGCUGACUAAAAUAAAUAUAUUUUAAGAUCUAGAGCCUUAGAAACAUUAAAGAGUCUCCCUUGGGGAAAAAUAUGCACUGUUUAUAAUAAGUACUGUUUACUUUAUAAAGAACUUGUUAGAUAAAAUGCUAUAAGUCCCGUUGCUACCAGCUUUCUGAAUAUGUUCCAACUCUAUUAAUAUAUUACAUUUAAGUUGAUUUUGUCAGUAAACAUUUUUAAUUGUUUUGCAUGAACUUUAGGAAAAGUGGUAAUGAGCCAAACGUUCAAUUUCCAAAAUGUAUCAUAUCUCCAGAUUCUUCCGAAACAGUUUCCUUCAUGAAAAAAAUGGUAGACACUUAUAAUCUUCUUUGUUCUCUGACAGCUGUGCUCUCAUCAAGGAUCAUACAUUUAUAUCAGCAUGGGCAUGAAAAAUAAUUAUAUCAAAUCACUUUUAGAUGGUAUCUUAAAGGGACAGAAAAAGUCAAAAGUGAGAUAUAGCAUACAGUUUUAAAUAACUUUCUAUUUUGCUUCUAUUAUCUAGUUUGCUUUGAUCCUUUGAUGUCCUUUGUUGAAAAGCAUAACUAGGUAGAAUUUUGUCAUUGGAAUCAUGAUAGAAACGUUUUUCGGUCUCAUGUCCCUUUAAUCUUAAAAGAAUAACUUCUUUGUCUUGCACAAAAGAUUGUUUUUUAGAGGCUGUAUUGUUGAAGGAACCUAUUUUCAAUCUUGGCGGUUUUGUUCUGACGUAGCAAAGAUCUUAAAAUGUAUUUCCCAAGUUAUAUUAACAAUAUUUGAACAAUUGGUUGAAGUAUCUCUGUGGCAAUCCCUUUUACACAAACCUAGUAACUUGAAUAAAUAUAUUAAUUUAUUGCCACUGUAUCGACUGCGUUUGACAUAAAUUGAAGAGUUAUGUUACUUCUAAAACUCAUGUGUCACCUAAAUUUUGAUUACAAUAAAAUGUGUGUCUGAAAUAGCAGUAGAUUAAUUGAAUGGUCAUAUCACUUGCCAUAACAUUUGGGAACACUAUUAAAAAAGUAUUUAAAUAUUGUAAUGAGUUGAUCCAAACAUUAUUUAUCACAGAGACAUUUUUUUUUAAAAUCUUUGCUAAAUCUUUAUGUGAUAGUGAAACAAUUUGACAAAUUGUUCUCCUUAGCUGUUCUCCCUGUAUUGUUACUUUUAAUAUGGUUAAAAAUCAAAAUUCUAUUUUUAUUUAAUGUGCCCUCUGCUUUCUUGAGUAUAGAGAUUGUUAAGAUAACAAGGGUAUUAAUAGUCCUGAAAGCUGAAGUUCCUUAAAGGGCCAUAAUACCCAAAUGUAUAAA